AUGGAUGUUGUACCCCCUGAAACAAUUUUGUCUCCAAUAUUUCCAGUACCAACAGAUAAAUCUAUUGUUAAGGAAUGUUCAAAUGAUUUAAAAUAUAAUCAGUUGUCAGGGAAAAAAAUUCACGGUUUUUAUAUAGAAAAAGUAUUAGGUGAAGGUGGAUUUGGUAUUGUAUAUAAAUGUCAUGCUACUACAAAAAAAGGGAAUAUUGUAAGUGGUGCAUUUAAAUCAGAGAUGAAUUUAAAUCAUAAUGCACCAUCUGUAGGUUUACUUUUUGAAUGUAAAAUUUUACAAAAACUUGAAGAAGCAGAAAAUAAUGUAAAUUUCGUAUCUUUGUAUGGAUGUGGAUCAAGAAAAAAUUUUACUUUUAUGAUAAUGUCAUUACUUGGUCCUAAUUUAUAUGAUAUUUGUUGUUAUUUACCCGGAGAAAAAUUUGAAUUCUCAACCUGGAUACGGGUAGUAUAUCAAAUGCUCCAAUCUAUAAAAUCCCUUCAUAGUAUUGGUUAUAUUCACAAUGAUCUUAAACCUUCGAAUUUUACUAUUGGUGAUAAAGAUAUUGAAAAUGGUUCUGUUAUUAUUUAUCUUAUCGAUUUUGGUUUAUCAAGAUUAUAUGGAACCAAAGAUUUUCCUAAACCACCUGUUUUUAACGGUGAAAAAAAAGCAUUAGAAUAUAUUGGAACUAUUACUCAUUGUAGUCCUAAUGCUCAUAAAAGAACUGAACUUGGCCGUCGUGAUGACAUGUUUAGUUGGAUGUUUCUUAUGAUGGAUUUUUAUAAUGAAUUACCAUGGAGACGUUGUGAGACUGAUGAACAAAUUGAAGAAUGUAAAAUGAAUUGUAACUACGACACAUAUUCUAAAUAUUUACCAAAAUCAUGUGCUCCAAUAAUAAAGCAUAUUAUAAAUCUUACAACAUACGAAGAACCUAAAUAUGAUCAGUUGUUUGAUAAGCUCAAAAAAAUAAUGAAAGAAAAUAAAAUUAAAAUGGAUGACUAUUACCAGUGGGAACUUUUACCAGCUGAAGCAAAAAAAAUUUUAAAUUUAAAAAUUGAUUUACGAAAAAUUAAAAAAUGUAAAGAAAAGGAAAAAGUGACUAAAUUAUCUGGUAGAAAUUCAUCCAAAAGAGGAAGAAAUGAUAAAAAUUCUACUCGUAAGUCACAUUCUAAAAGGAAAGAUAUUAAAAUUUGUUCGGGAAAUAAUCAAAAUAAUAAAUCUGAUAAAAAUAUUCCUUCAAAAAAACUUCCACCUGGUGUUUGUGAUAAAGGUUUAAUUGAAGUUGAAGCUACAAAUUUCUCACAAAGAGGUGAUGCAACACAAUUUUCUAAACAUAAUCCUAUAAAUACAGUAGUUAAUAAUGUUGUUAAUAAUUUUUCAUGUUUAAUGGGCUAUAAAGGUAACAAAAAGGCAAAGACACAUGCAACGAUUGAUAAUGCACAAGAAAAAGCUUUAACUGAAGAAUUUUAUCGUGUUGGAAAUCAAAAUAUUGAAGAAAAAAUUGAGAAGAAAAUUAAAACUGUUGAGUCAAAAAGAAAUAUGCCAUAG